CAUCACCCAUCUUCCCAUUGCCCAGCUACAACUGACACUCCUCGGGAUCCUGUAGUAAUGGCAGGGACAUGCAAGAUUCUUUUCGAAUUGUUGAUUCGUCUAUGUCAUCCUAGCUGUCUAACACAAGUGCCUAUUCCCUUCCAAGACUGUUACUUAGUCAAUUUGAAGGUGCAUUCCACUCUAGACUUGCUUCUUAAUAAAAUUUUGCACUUUGAGCUGUCUGGCAGAUCAGCUUAGCUUAAGGUCUUAGAUCAGUUGUUGUUCCAACGGAUAAUUAGAAAAAUCAAUAGCUGACGUGCAUGCUCUAACCGGAGCCACAUCUCAUUGCUCUGCAUAUGAUGUAUAAACAGAGCUUGGUCCUAGCUCCUAUUAAAUUUGGCGUCUGCAUUUCCCCUCUCCUGGCCACUACUUCUGCAGUUACUUCACAUUUGUAAAGGUGGGAUGGGCGUGAGGGGAUCUUGGCAAUGCCUUCUCAUGAGCUUAGGGCGUGCUUUUGGCUUCCUCAACUCAGAACUCCCGCCAUCCAAAGUCGAUCCAUGUCCAGCUUGCAAGACCACUAAACCAACCGUUUUUUAUGGCCUGACCAUUCAGGCCUUAACUGCCGUCUUUGGAAUGGAAGCAAAUGGGAAGAUAAAGAAGGAUAGGGUUCGUGUAAUCGUCGAGAAACUUGGUUUGACAGGUGGCGAGGAGAAUAGUCCCAACUGCCCCGACCCAUGCAAUGGCCUGAAGGAAGAAGUUGACGCAGAAGAUGUUAUUGGUGGAUUGGAGGAUGCAUCAGGACGGAGUGAGCUCCUGCACCAAGCCUUCAAGAUAUUCGACGAGGAUGGUAAUGGGUUCAUAGAAGCAGUUUUGCUGAAGAGGGUCCUCGAAUGUCUCGGGUUGGACGGAGGUUGGAAUAUAGGAGAUAUCGAGAAAAUGGUUCAGGUCGUUGAUUUGAAUUUGGAUGGUAAGGUUGAUUUAAGUGAGUUCAAAUUGAUGAUGGCCCUGUAACUGUUAAUAUGAUCCCUAUCAUAAAACUCCAAUCAAGAAUUCUUUACCUUGAUGGUCUUAUCUCUACUAGCCUUUGACUCAAUGAAUUUGUCAUUAGCAAAAAAUUGGCAAAUAUGAUCACUUUUUCCUGUGUUCCCAUGAAAUACAUUCUUGUCUCUUGGGUACUCCUUCAAAGGUAUGGGCUAAGUAAGCAAGAUUACCCUUACUCAUCUUAUACCGAACGUACUCAUGUCUCAGCUCAAAAUUUGAGUUAUGGA